AACUUCAGGUUUCCAUGUUCAGUACGUUCUCUUUCUGCAUCUCUCGGAAUGGCGGAAUAUAACGAACAUUCGUGGCAAGUUAAUGUGUGAUGAUAUAUUAUUCAAAUUAUUCAUAAAUUUAAACGACAUUCACUACAGAUAAAAGUAUUAUAAAUACAUUUUGCUGGACGCAAAUGAUAGUGAACAAAAUCUCUAACAAUUUUUACAUAUGUAAAAAGAUGAGAUAGUAAUACUAGAGAUAAAUCUGUGAAUCCAAAUUUCCUUGUAUAUUAUAUUGUUUUCUUCACGUAUACACAUGUCUAUUGCAUAAAAGAAUUAGAUAUUAACUAUAAUAUGCCGAACAUACCAAAAAUUCGUAAAGCUAAAAGAGUCAGUGUGCUUACUAAAAGGGCACAAUGCUUAGGAAAGCAUUACAAGGAACGAUCAUAUAGACCAUUAUAUGAAAAAUUAAAGAAUAAUAAUAACUUCUUAGCCAAGGCUCUUACAAAGGAAAAACAGACCAAUCAAUCCUUAUUUACACAGAAUGUUCAGCUAAUUGCAGAGAUUCAACAGUUGAAUGUAAUAUGUAACACACGAAAUACUGUGAUUGACAAUGUAUUGAAUAAUUCAAAAGAAAUGUUAAAAAUAUUGAUCAACAUGACUGGUUAUAUAACAAGUACUAUUUCUAUAUGUCAAGAAGUCGCUGCUUCCAAUACCACUGUGAGACUAUCGUCUGCUUCAGAUGGAAGAAAAAAAUCAUCCAAUAGACUGUCGACAAAAUCACCAGCUAAAGGUGUAGUAAAACCAAUGGUGGGUGGACACACUAUUACUAAACCUACAAUUAAUUUGAGUCGAGUUAAUAUGGAAAGUAUAUCAAGAUUGAGUGAUAUACAAGAAGUAAUUACUCCUGAUAGAAAUGAAGAGAUAAGUGAGAAUAGACCAUCACUUACUGUUUCUUUACCAUCUACACCACUUAGAUAUGAAAAUAAUCGAACUAUAUGCAGAAUGCCAGAAAGACUAAUCGCUUCACCCAGAGUUAGUGAUGUACUUAUAACUGAUGAACAACGAAGAAGAAGGAGAAAUUAUUCCAAUCGAAUAUCAGGAUCUUAUUCGCGAUCACGAAAUAUAUGGUCUGAUGAAACUCCAACAACUAGCACGAGACAUAUUAAUAUAGCUAGUCCUACAAUACAACUUAAAGAUAUAUCCAAUUUACUACGUGAUUCUCAGACUGUCAACAUUAGAAGAAUAAUUGAUAAUAGAGUUGAUGAUAUUGAAAAUCAAGAGAAUAAUAACGAGUCUAAUAAUUCAUUAGAAAGAAAUAGCAUAAUACCAGAAACUCAUAUGUCUAUUAAUCCAAAUAAUGAAAAUAAAAUGCACACACAAAUAUCAAAAAAGGAUCUCACUGUUAAAGUAAACAAGGUUUCUGAUAAAAAACUUAAUAAAAUUUCAAAUGUAAUAGAAAAUUCAAGAUUAUCACAAAAUAAUACUAGAAAUUGGGAAGAAGAGGAUCCGUUGGAAGGUCCAAGCUGGUUGUUUAAUAAUACUAUACCAUCACGAGAUAACGAACCGGAAGAGCUUAAUCAUCUUAAUGUUUCUGAUGUUAAUAAUAACACAUCUCAAUUAAUAGUGUACGAUGAUGACUCGAAUGAAAGCAACACAGAAGAGUUAUCACCACUUCAAAGCUUAAAUGAAUCUGUGAAUGAUAUUCUAACUUUAAAUAGAAACGCAACAUCUGCCGAUCGUAUUGACCAUAAAUCUCAUGAUGAAGAUGAUAGUGAUGUCUGCGAACUUCCAACAAGAAACAUAUUCAAUCGUAAGGAAAAUUUAAAUAACAUCGAAGACAAUAAUGCUGAAGAUACAACAAAUUUUACACGUUUUGUGACACUAAGGCGAGAGCAUCCUGAAGUCACAGAAGAUUUUACACUAAUGUUGUCACGUCAACCAAUACAAAACAUGCAAUUCGAUAUCAAUGAGCUGAGAUUGCCUAAUUUAGAAGAAUCUAUGAUGAAUUCUAUCGGUAAUGAGAUCAACACUGAAGUUACUGUUGCAAGCCCAAACAUUGUCAAUAUCUCGGCUAUGUCAAAUAAUACUCCGAAUGAUUUGGAACGCAAUCAGACUGCCACAAUAAAACUGCCAUUAAGUUCAAUUAAAGAUGAAAAAGAAUCGACACCACAACAAAAAAAGUAUUUAAAUAAAAACAAUAAAAUAGCGAAAUUGAAUUUCGAAAACGAAACGAAUUAUGUUGCUUCAAAGGACAAAACAAAGAAGAGAAAUAAAUCGCGGAACAAUCGAGAUCCAAGCACAGCUAAAGUUGUUUUGGAGAAGCUUAAUGAAUCUCAUGUUAAAUUAAGGACGCCACCCGUCGACGAUAUAGAAUCCCGAAAUACUAAUGAUCACGUGAGAGACACUUCGGAUAAAAAUCUAGAACAAGAUGAAAUUCAGGACUCGGAAAACAAUAUGAGUAAUAACUAUACUUCCGGUCGUCCUAGACGAAGAAAAGCGCCAGUAAAUUUGAGAGAGCCUAACUUGCAAAAAAAAAUAAGACGAAACUAGUGAGAAGACUGAUGUGUGGCUGAUCGAUGCAAAAUAAGAUAUGUUAUUAUUCAUACUACCUAUAUGAUCAAUAUAAAACAAGAUAAAUUAUUAUUCAUAUUAUAGAUAAUAUUGUUGAACAAUUUUUUUUCUUGUAUUUAAAUGUGAGUUUUGAAGUAAUAUAAGAGAAAAUAGUCGUGCAUAACAUACAAAUUAUUCGGAUAUCAAGAUUAAAUACUAUUCUCUCUGUUAAUAUUCAUAGUAUGUUACUUCUAUUGAUACGUUGCAUAUAACAACUGAUCUUCUAUCAUUAUGUUCCAUAGAUGUACACUUAUACCUUCUUUUUAUAUUAAUAUU